ACAGAAGGUUCACAACUGUCCAACCCUGCGCCCAGCAUGCGUGAGAUUGUCCAUCUGCAAAUAGGCCAGUGCGGUAACCAAAUUGGAGCAAAGUUCUGGGAGGUUAUCAGUGAUGAACAUGGGAUUGACAAUGGAGGAAGCUACAUAGGAGAUUCCGACUUACAGCUGGAGAGGAUCAAUGUCUAUUUCAAUGAGGCGCAUUCCCAAAAGUAUGUUCCUAGAGCUGUGCUGGUGGAUCUGGAGCCUGGCACCAUGGACAGUUUGCGUUCCAGCCCUAUCGGACCCCUAUUCCGUCCAGACAGUUUCAUCCAUGGCAAUUCUGGUGCUGGCAACAAUUGGGCAAAAGGCCACUAUACAGAAGGAGCAGAACUGAUCGAAUCGGUGAUAGAUGUAGUUAGAACAGAGAGUGAAAAUUGUGAUUGUCUUCAAGGAUUCCAGCUGGUGCAGUCUCUUGGAGGAGGAACAGGCUCUGGAAUGGGUACUCUCCUUAUGAACAAAAUCCGUGAGGAGUAUCCAGACAGGAUAAUGAACACAUUCAGCAUUAUGCCAUCACCCAAGGUCUCAGAUACAGUAGUGGAACCUUACAAUGCCAUCUUGUCCAUCCACCAGCUGAUAGAAAAUUCAGAUGACACAUUCUGCAUUGACAAUGAGGCUUUGUAUGACAUUUGCUUCCGCACCCUGAAGAUGUCCAACCCAACAUAUGGUGACCUCAACCAUUUGGUGUCAAUGACUAUGAGUGGGGUGACCACAUCACUACGCUUCCCUGGCCAACUUAAUGCAGACCUGAGGAAGCUGUCUGUCAACAUGGUGCCCUUUCCUCGUCUUCACUUCUUCAUGACUGGAUUUGCUCCUUUAACAUCUCGCAGGAGUCAACAGUAUAAAGCACUCACAGUGCCUGAGCUCACCCAGCAGAUGUUUGAUGCCAAAACUAUGAUGGCUGCCUGCGACCCUUACCAUGGACGCUACUUAACAGUAGCUGGCAUAUUCCGUGGUCGAAUGUCCACCAGAGAAGUGGAAGAGCAGAUGUUGGCUGUGCAGUCCAAGAACAGCGCCUACUUUGUGGAGUGGAUUCCCAACAAUGUCAAGGUAGCAGUCUGUGACAUCCCACCACGUGGCCUCAAGUAUGCAUCUACCUUUAUAGGCAACAAUACAGCCAUCCAGGAGAUAUUCAGACGGAUUGCAGAGCAGUUCUCAGCAAUGUAUCGCAGGAAAGCUUUCCUGCACUGGUACACAGGGGAGGGCAUGGAUGAAAUGGAAUUCACUGAGGCAGAAUGCAAUAUUCAUGAUCUGAUUGCCGAAUACCAGCAGUACCAAGAUGCCACAGCAGAAAUGGAGGACUAUUUUGAAGAUGUAGUGGAAGAAACUGAAGAUGUGCAUGUGACAAAGACUGUAGAAAAGGUGUACGUGUAGAAGAGGACGUCUGCAGUGAAGCUUAAAUAUCUUCCUCGGAUAACAUAAUUCUCGUGAUUCCCAGUUUAGUUACAUGCAAAUGCUAUAUAUAUAUAUAUUGGGAAUGCAACAAAUCCUUUUGUUUUUAAUUUUUACAGUGUGUGCACAUACUGAAUACUUGAAUGUUACAAAAGUUUCUGCCAGCGCAUAACAGAGUGCAACCCUUAAUUUUGUAUAUUUACAUAAAGCAGGAGGGGCCUAAGUGUUAGAAAAACAUUUCAUCAGUCAUUUUAGCUUAUAACAGCUUCUAUGUUUGUGUUCUGUGUAGCCAAAUUAUGUUACAUUAGUAAUGGAAUGCCUAUGGCCAAAUCCUAAGAGUUUAGCAAAUCCCAAAUCUUGCUAACAAAAAUGUUACAUAGGUCUGCCAAGGUGAAUGCCCAGUUUAUCAUAUAGGUACCAGUUGUUUAAUAGUACAAGCCCAAACCUGUCAGGAGGGCCACCACCAUCACCACAUAUACGAGAGGUGUGCUCUAAAAACGUUAGUUGCUCUCUUGAAGCUAUCUUGCGCAGGUUAGGUUGCUAAUUUCUAGUCUGGAGGUGAAAACAUGCGUCACAAGUUUCUACUGUUAUAUGACUGUGAACAGAACUAAUGGUGGCAGGGUUUACUUAGCAGAGGUCCAGGUUUCGCUAUGUACGCAGGCCAGGCUUCGGUUCUUUUAGUUUGGAACGCAAGGUGGAGUAAGACCAGUGCAGCCCACCUAGUAGGACAAGGCCUGACCCUGCACUUACACUCAAAACAUCCACAAGUGCCACCUGGGAAUAAAAGAGUAAUAUGCCGUACAUCCCAACAUGACCCUCUUCAGGAGGGACAAAAUGCUCUGCUCCUGGACUUCAGUCUUAAUCUAUGAUUGCCAUCACCUGUGCUGAAACACCUUUCUUAUCCAUUAACCUGUUCAACACAGGUGCCGGCAAUCAUACAUUAAGAGAGAAGUCCAGAAGCAGAGCAUUGUGUCCCUCCUGGAGAGGGUAAUGUUGGGAGGUAUGGAGUCCAUCCUAGCACUGGUUUACACCGUGAGAUCAUUCUGCAUUCACUGGAGCCAUGUUGAUGUAAGACACACAACACCCCCUGCAGGCUGCACUUGUCAUAUGAACCACAAUUAGGCAAGUGUAUGUAUAAAUAUAUACACGGUUGAGUCAAAUUAUUAUGACCACCUCCUACAUUUGACGCCGGCAGAGCGUAGCCCAUGAAGUAAAUCACAUGUCAUGCGCUGGCUUGGUGGGUAUAUAAGGUGUGCGAUAGGCCAUCUGCACACAUAUCACUCAUUGCUGUCAUGGGUAAAAGGGGCGAUUUAGCAGAGUUGCAAAAAGUGAUGAUUAUCGGCUUUCGGUCUAAGGGUGGCAGUAUUUCUGAAACAGCGCAGCUUGUGAACUGUUCUCGUGCUGCUGUGGUGACAGGACAAAUGACACCAUUGCAAAUAACCGACGUGGAAUCUGCGGAGCACCAAAUGCCAAUGAUGUGAAAGGCUGUGAAGGUGCAUGAAAGUCAACCGACAGGUUGGUAUUCAGUAUGCCGGCUGUUGGGAUCCCGUCGCCGGAAUCCCGACACCCGGCAUACCGACAACUAUUCUCCCUCUUGGGGGUCCACAACCCCCCUGGAGGGAGAAUAAAUAGCGUGGCGCGCCCGCAAGAGGCUCAUUUGCGCUCACUCAGCUGUCGGUAUGCCGGCAGUCAGGAUCCCAGCACCAGUAUCCCGGCCGCCGGCAUACCAUACUACACCCAACCAACACGCUACAGUGGAGCAACUUACCAUUAAAAUGAACCUGGGGGCUACCAGACGUGUGUCUAAAAUGACAGUUGUCUGGUCAUAAUAAUGUGACUCGAACAUAUAUUUCUAGAUAAGGAAGUUUAAAAUUUUAGCUAAAUGUAAGUAAUUACGUAUAUAGUAUACAUCUCUGCUUCUCUAUUGCUUACAUUCACAUACUGAGGGACAUUUUCGAUAGGUCACAUCUAGACUUGCAUUGUACUAGCCAACCUAUGUAUACUUUAUAUUUAGAUAUUUUAAGAUUCAAUAAAACAUGCUUAUUAACAUACAA